UCGUCGCGGAAGGAAAGCCAGGAAAAGCUGUAUUUCUUGCCAGCGAUCUCACAGAAUGUGUGAUGAUGAGCGACCAUGCGGCAUGUGUAUUAGACGAGGAAUGGGUCAUGCAUGCUAUGAUGGGAUUCGGAAGAAGCCCAAGUAUCUUGAAGAAGUGCCUGGCACUACGGUGAUGGAUAUCAGUCCAUCCAUCCACGACAAUAAUGUCCCACAAAUAAUACAACACAAAGAAGAACCUCAACAGCCGCAGUUGUCUAUGGCCUCGAGCGAAUACUCGACAUUUGAGUCUACUAUCCCCGGGAACAUUACCAGCGAGCAAAGUCACUACUGGGGGUUACAAGAAAUGUGCAUACAAUCCUCCCAUGACCCUGUUGGCGAAUACAAGGACGAUGGCUCGAAUAAACCAACUUAUCAGCAGACACUCAUCCCAGAUACCUAUUUGUUGGAUGACCUGACCCGUUGCGAUCUUUUGAAUCAGCAGAAUGCAAAGUUGGAAUUCGCUCCACAAAUUGCAGAGUGCGAUAUGCAUGUUGAAUCCACAUCCAACACAGGUGGCCAGCUUUCAUUUGCCAUUAAGAGUGGCUGGUCCAACACUUUCUUUUAG